UUGCUACCAAUGUUGCUGGAAUUUCAGAGCAGGUCUGGGCUUGAUCUCAGCGACGCCUUUGUAACAACAUUGUUAAAAUGGAGGACUGUAUAUGAGGAGCAAGUGUAUUAAUUAAUGUCAGUAAUGGAAUUUGUUGUUUCUACAGAACGAUGGGGUACAGUAUGCUCUUCUAUAGUAUCAUUGGUAGGUACUCCAAACAGCACCACUAUGUAUCUGAGUUCAUUAUAAGGAAUUAACCCUCGAUGAUGACCAUAUACAAUCAUUUUGAUCGUUGCCGUUUGUAAUUUUUCUACCCCUCACAUCAGAAUUAGAGUUAAUAUUUAAAUAUAAUUUAGAAUGUGUUAUGUAAAAUAGUUUCACGAUAUAUGUUGCUAAUGAUUUGUACUACUUUAUUUUCAUUUGCAUUUGCAUUCACCAGGUAUGGUCGUCCACCUGUGGGACUUUUCAGCUGAAUCCCGCAUUAACGUGGCGUUGAGCGGCACGGCCCUUCAGUCUUCAACAUUGCCUGGCGGGGAGGCUGAACACGCCAUUGAUGGGAACAGCGACCCCGAGUGGACUCACCAGAGCUGCACCCAUACCAACCCUGAAAAACCGUGGUGGAGGCUCCAGCUGCCCGGUGUGUUCAGGGUGUCGGAGAUCGAGGUCACUAAUAGGAACGCCAAUAGAGAUCGGCUCAACGGCGUGGAAAUACUCAUCGGGAAUGCACCGGUGAACAACGGCAACGACAACCCAAGGUGUUCCAUCAUAUAUGAUGUCCCAGGCAGCCUGACUCAGACUGUCCAGUGCAGGGGAAUGGAAGGAAGGUUUAUCAACUUCUACCUGUCCUGUGCAACUGCAACUGCCCUGACUUUGUGUGAGGUCAAAGUGUAUGGAGAAUUGGUGCCUCCCCCACCGUCCAUAACCAUUCAGGCGAUGGAGAGGAGAGUCACACUGGUGGGGAAGCGGCUGUGCUGGUCCGACGCCCUGUUCUACUGCAGAGACUUUAACUGGGACCUGCUGAGCAUCAGGGGCCCAGAGGACCAGGAGAUGGUUGAUGAGCUGGUGGCUAGCGCCCCCUUCCCACUAACCAGACAACUCUGGGUGGGCCUGCGCAGGUCAAUUACAGGAAGCUCCUGGUUCUGGAUGUCCCGUGACCCAAUGGACUUCACCCAAUGGGAUGCAGCCUCACAUCAUUCCAGCCCCUGUGGGGGUGUGUCCAGUGUGGAACGUUCCACAUGGAGGGAAAGCUCUUGUGAAGAACAUCUUGAUUUCAUCUGCGUAACAGGUCCGACAGAGGGAGACAACAAGGUGCACUUCUACAGUUCAACCAGACAGAAACAAACUCAAUGUGUAUAGUUUGGCCUCCCUGGGGAAUACUGCUCUUGAUUCCCAAGUAGUCCUAAGUAGCAACAUUUCUGAAUGCUAAAGCUCAGAGCUUGGUCUGUGGUAGCUAGCUAUUUCUGCAUUUUGUCAUAAUGAGCAUUGUUAACAAUUCUUACGAUGCCUAUCCUUGUUAUAAGUGCGGCAAUAGUUUGAUAUUGUAAAACAAAAAAAGGACAGACCACAUUUUGUGCUAGCAUAGCACGUGGUAUACAUUGACUUUAGUAUAUGAUCAAUUCACUUCAUUUUAAGCAAGGUAGUUGUGACAUUGCUUCUUUCAUUCGAAAUGUUGUGAUUAUGAAUUCAAGAAGGUAUCGAAAGACCAAAAAGUGCUUUUAUCUAUGUUUCUUGUAGUGUAUAUUCUUGAAUAAAGAGAACAGACUUGGGUUGUCUUUGUU